CUUGUAUGAAAUACUCCUUCUUUGAUCUGAGCGCGCUGUGGCCAUGAAUCAACGUGAUGACCUGAGGAAUCGAGUGCGGCUCUUCCCGCGAGAGUUUUCGCGGGCAAAGCAAUUCCACCUCCGGCCAUCUCGACGUUCCUCCUCUCCGUGCCAAAUCCCCUUCUUGCUCGAGUUCCCCCUCAUCAAGCAAGUCGAACCGCAACAUGGACCGACCAAAGGACUCCCAAAAACCCGCCAAAUCCUCGGCGGCAGCGCCAAAGCCCGACGAGGAGGGCGUGUUCAGCCUCGGAACCCUCUAUCUCCUCUUCUACAACUGGGUCUCCGCCGUGCUCUGGGCCGCCCUGCUGGGCCGUGUAAUCCUCGCUCUCGUCAACGACGACUACAUGCACGUCUACGAGCGAGCGGGCUUCUUCGCCAAAUGGACGCAAACGCUCGCGGCAAUGGAAGUUCUGCAUUCCAUCUUUGGCAUCGUGCGCGCCCCGGUCGCGACAACGGUCAUGCAAGUCGCCUCGCGCUUCCUGCUAGUCUGGCUCAUCGUCGACAAGUUCCCCGCACUCGCGCACUCCUCGCUCGCCUACACGACCAUGCUCCUUGCCUGGAGCAUCACAGAGGUCAUCCGGUACUCCUACUUCACGGCCUCGCUGGCGUACGGCAGCGCGCCCGACUGGCUCAAGUGGCUGCGGUACAACACUUUCCUCGUCCUGUAUCCGCUCGGCAUUGGCAGUGAGGUGUGGAUGGUUUGUCUGGCGUGCGAACCGGCGCGGAAAGUGCAUCCGUUUUUUGAGAGGUGUUGUUGGGGGGUGUUGGCAUUUUACGCGCCGGGUGCGUACGUACUGUUCACGCAUAUGCUGGCGCAAAGGAAGAAGGUCAUGCGGCAAUUGGGAAAGGCGAAGACCAAAUGACGGAGUGCGUUGCGAGGGACUCGUGAAAGGUGUCGAGAUGCGUCAGACAGCAAUUUGGCAGGAAAACGAA